ACAAGCACACCAGGUUAGAUCAUUCCUCAUACACUUGUCUAUUUGAAGAAAUAAAUAUGCUAUAUUUGAUUUAAUAAAUUUACCACACAAUAAGGACAUAUUUUCUUACUAUAUAAAUAUAUUUUGAACAGAUGAUGUCAUUGUGUCUCACCCACAACAAGAAGCAAACGACAUGGACGAGCCUGUAGGAUUUCAUGACUGUAUCACAAGCACACCAGGUUAGAUCACUCCUUAUACACGUAUUUAUUUGAAGAAAUACAUAUGCUAUAUUUGAUGUAAUAAAUUUACCACACAAUAAGGACAUAUUUUCUUACUAUAUAAAUAUAUUUUGAACAGAUGAUGUCAUUGUGUCUCACCCACAACAAGAAGCAAACGACAUGGACGAGCCUGUAGGAUUUCAUGACUGUAUCACAAGCACACCAGACGAUGUCAGUGUGUCUCACUCACAACAAGAAGCAAACAACGUGGACGAGAAUGUACGAUUGCAUGUACCAUACUAUCUGGAUGAGCAUGACUAUGCACAGAGAGAAGAUGAAGUAGACACUGAAUUUAUCCUUGUUGAUGAUGAUAGUAGUAAAAGUGAUAAACAGAUAGAAUGGUUCACAGGAAGACGUGUAAUAGAAUUAGGAUAUGUUGUGAACAAACUCAUUGAGGGCUGUAACUUUUGUAGACAUCCCUUGAAAUUAACUGAUAUUUGUGGUGAAGUGAGAUAUGGCCUUGGUUCAUUACUGCGAAUAAAUUGUAAAAAGUGCAACAAAGUGACUUCUGUUCCAAGUGGAAAGAGACACUCACAAUUGGAUGACCAUGCCAGCAGAGCAUUUGAUGUAAACACAAAGCUAGCUUUAGGUGUGUAUGAGAUCUCCAUCAAAGGAAUGCUACAUGCAGGCAUAGGGGAGAAAAAGGUAUCCAUGCUCUUGAGUGUAUUGAAUAUUCCUCCUCUUUCUCACACAACUUUAAAAUGUAAAGAGAGAGAAGCUGGUAAAGCCGUAGAAGACGUUGCAAGGCAAAGUUGUGAUUCUGUGGUUACUGCAGAGAGAGAAUCUUCUAGUAAUAAUGAUGAGUUGAUGGUGUCAUUUGAUGGUGGAUGGCAGAAAAGGGGAUCAGGGCGUUCUUUUUCAAGUUUAUCUGGUCAUGCAGCAAUGAUAGGUAGAGAAACCGGCAAAAUAGUAAAUUUUGCAACACGCAAUGGAUACUGCAGAAUAUGUCAUCAUGCAGAUAAAACAGGGAAGGCUCCAUCAACUCACGACUGCCGUAAAAACUGGACGGGGAGUUCCAAAGCUAUGGAGCCAGACAUGUGCAUUGAAAUGCUAAAAGAUCUAGGCGAAAAGGAGGCUCGUGUUGGAACCAUAAUCAUGGACAAUGAUACUACCACCAUAGCAAGAGCAAGAACUGAGGUAAACCCAGCUUUGAAGAAACAAAGUGACAAAAAUCACACACUGAAACAGUUUACGAACAAAUUGUAUGACUUGAAAAAGUGUAAAAACUAUAAGGAACUAAAUCCUAAGACAAUAAGUCACUUAUCAAAGUGCUUCAAAUAUUGUGUCAGCCAAAAUCAACAUGACAUAGAUGGUAUGAAGAAAAACUUGGAGGCCAUAUCCAAACAUGUAUUUGGUGAUCACAGCGUGUGUGGAUCUUGGUGUGGGUAUCUUUCAUCACCGACAACGUACAAACCCCUUCAGUUGCCAUACCACCGCUAUCUAGCAGACGAAGGAUUGAAAGUUGAUCUGACAUCCAUAGUUGACUUUUACAUUUCACAGGCUGAUAGAUUGGUGGAUUUAGGAAGUACCCAGCCCAAUGAAAGUUUCAAUAAUACAGUGGCAAGCAAGACACCUAAAUCAACAUUCUACUCUGGCUCAGAGAGCAACGACUUUAGAGUAGCUGCAGCGGUUGCACAAAAAAAUUUGGGUCAUCAAUAUAUAUUACAGGUAAAUGAAAAAUUGUUUCUUUCACCUGGGAAAGUGACCAGCAAAAUUGCCAUGAAAACAGACUUGAAAAGAAAAAAAGACAAAGACAAAGAAGACACAGAAGAGUACAAGAAAAGAAGAGCCUUGAAAAAAGCUGAGAGCAAGAAAAGUCAAGAAUCAGCAGCAGUGAAAGAGGGGAUCACAUAUGAAACUGAUGCCGACAUCAAUAAUAAUGUAGACAACAGCAUUACAGAAAUACCCCCUCCUCUCACCAAACCCAUCCCAACACCCAUAGCAGCUGGGCAGCAUACAUUUGUAUACUUUGACUUAGAAACAACAGGUCUUGAUAAAGAUUGUGAAGUAACACAGAUUGGAGCUUGUACUGAUGAUAAAACCUUUUCCCAAUAUGUCACUCCUCCAACAAAACCAAUCUCUGCUUCCGCUACAGCCGUGACUGGACUAGCCAUCAGAGACAACAUCAUGUACAAGAAUGGACACCAAGUUCACAGUAAGACAACCGAGGAAGCUUUUCAGUCAUUUAUUGAUUGGAUGAAGCAAUUUACAAACAUUAUAUUGGUUGCUCACAAUGCAGUGUUUGAUUCCAGAGUCAUUGUGCGUUUAUUUCAUUCCGCGGGACUGUGUGCCAGUGACUUCUUUAUUGGAUUUACCGACACACUGCCAUUAUGUAGGGAAUUCAUCCCAGGUAGAAAAUCCUACAAGCUGACAGAUCUAGCUAAAGACAUAUGUAGUAGGCAUUAUGAUGCCCAUGAUGCUCUGUCUGAUGCUCAGACCUUACAAGAACUGAUGUCAUGUGUAAAAGCUUCAUCUGAUAUGAUGCUCAAACAUAGUUUUACCACUCAGUUUGUUUUUGAAAACAACUCUUUUGCAGAUUUGACCAGCAGAAAUUUAUGUUCUUUACAACAUCUUGUAGACAGCAAUGUAUUGUCAAAAUUCACUGCAAACAAAGUUGCAUCAUCUGGCCUGCAUUUUCAGCAUCUUUGUCUUGCCCAUCAGAGAGAUGCAGUAAAUGGAAUAAAGUAUGUAUUGUCUGACAAACAUGCAACAGGUAAAGUGAGAGUUACUACAAAUUCUAGAAUUAUUUCUUCUCUUCAACAGUAUUUUAUGAAUUUGAAAUGAAUUCUUGAAUACAACACAAUGUACAUGUAUUGUA